AUGGUCGUCGGCCUGUGCCGCGCCACCUUCUUAAGCCCUCCAGUCAGGCCCGUCGCCCUCCGGAAACCCCACCUGAGGUUCUUCUUGUGCUCCCAGGAUUCCGUCGGCUCCUGCGAGGUUCUACCUCCGCGGCGCAAGUCUCCGGGAGCCUUCUGCGUCGGAUCCAUGGAAGCCCCGCCCGCCGGUUACCGGAGUAACGUGGGCAUCUGCCUCGCCAAUUCUUCGCUAGAUAAGGUCCGGAUUGUUGGGGCUUCAUCUGUGCUGAUUUCUUGCGGAUUCUUCCCGUAUCCUGUGUGACGAGUUGUCUCCGUUGUCGAUCUCUGUGCGUUUGAUGCCGGCAGAUAUUUUCGGCGUCCAGGCUUGACAUUCCAGGCGCUUGGCAAAUGCCGCAGGUGAUCCGUUCAUCUUCAUUUUGAUCAUCUCCCGCGGUUUUCAUUCGCUAAUCUCCUGCCCCAUGCCAUCUUCGAUUCGACCGGCAGUGAUAAUGUUACGGUAGGAUCUUUUGUUCAUUUUCCCCUCGAAAAUGAAUGCAUGUUAAGAUCAGUGGAUGGGGUUUUUCAUGAGUUUGACUUGUUCAGGAUCCAUUAAAACCCUAGGUUUUUGGGGUGAAGACAAUUCCAUAUAACUGAUCUCACCCUCAGAUAAAUUGUCGCUUUGUAGGAAAAAAACGCAUAAAAAUGAUCAAGUUAUUGUGAUCAGGAUACCGUCUUCCUCAUGGAUCACUACCUCGUGGGUUCUGUGACAGCUUCAUCUCCAUUCAUGGAGCGUCAUUGUAGAACACGCACCGAGCUUGGUGAAAUAUUUGACGGCCUCUCCCUCAGUCUGAAUUGAAAACAGUCACCCACAUGCACGAUUUAUCAGUCACAAUGCCGAAUAAAGGAAAUUGUUCAUCGUUGCUCGAAUGCCAUCACUCAUUGUGACAGGACAGAUACCUCAGCUGUAUAGUGGGAAGACUGAUGCAUGUAUUGUUUUUCAUACCACUGAGUUUUCUCCUCUGUUUUUGUACAGUGGGAAGUUCAGUAAGUUCUUCCCCUCCCCUGUUGUAUAGAACUGAUUUGCUGUAACUUUCCUCAACAGGGUGGGAUUGACGAGGGAGAGGAUCCAAGGAAUGCGGCCAUUAGGGAGUUGAGGGAAGAGACUGGAGUCAGAUCAGUAGAAAUCAUCGCAGAGGUUUGCUUUUGAUUCGCUCUUAGUCAUGAUAGAAAUGGUGAUUCCAUUAUAAUUGGUAGUAGAAUCAACAAAAAUUGAAAUCUUGCUACUUGAUGAUGUAUUCAAUGGACUAGUUUGCAAUUGUCAUCAUACCAUCGAACUAAUAGAUCAUUAGACGGCAAGUUGGAACUCGGUCUAACUCUGUCUUUGUAGACGGAUAUUGGAGUGUGCAUAAGAGAUGUCUACCAGCUGCUGCUAAGUUGGUGAUUCGGCGAAAGAAAUGUUUGCAUUAGACUCUCUCUCUCUCUCUCUCUCUCUCUCUCUUACUCAUCCUUCUGCAUGAACACUCGGAAUAUGAGGGCAAUUCCUUCUCCCUGCUCCUUGACUUUUUUAUUUCCUUCCCCGCGUUGUGUUUUGCUGUUGCGCUCAUCCGCUAUUGCCCUGGAGAGUUUUCGUGCAGUGGCGGAUGAUUUAUUUGGUAUGAUAGUUUCAUCUCGGCUGGAAGAUUUCAUAUUCCUGGUUAUCAAAUUCGUCCUUGUUGGGAUUUCAUGCAGGUCCCGUAUUGGCUGACUUACGACUUUCCACCAGAAGUCAAGGAUAAAUUAAACAAGCAAUGGGGUACAAACUGGAAUGGUCAAGCUCAAAAAUGGUGGGUUUCGAGCCUCCCAAUGCAUUUUCAUACAGCGUUACGCCACAAAAUGGAGAGAAAAAAAAUGUUGUAUUCUAUGAUUAUCCUGAGGAAGGCAUGGAUCGAAACCAGUUGACCAGAGCACUCACUGUUGUCUGAGACACCAAAAGUUGGAGCAUUUCUGGUGGUUGACUCCGAAAACACUUAGUCAACCCUCACCAUUUGAUUUGGGAGAUUAUUAUGGAAAGUUGACCUGGUGUGGUUCUAGCUUCUUGCCUUGUUCAUAGACUGACCUGUUAAAUAUCAUGCAGGUUUCUCUUGAGACUCACUGGAAGCGAGGAAGAAAUCGAUCUCGCCGGUGACGGAUCUGAAAAGCCAGAGUUUGGAGAGUGGAGAUGGAUGACUCCCGACCAAGUAAUCGAGCAGGUAUGCAAUUUUUCAGCCCCUCAGCCUAAUUUAUCAGCUCUAAUUAAUGUAUUACAGCGUGUGAAAAAAUUAAUUCCCCUAAUUAAUACAGAGAUUUUUCGGAAUAAUUAACGUGCAUAUUAAUUAUUAGAUACGGUUUCUUGAUAUUCGGUUGACUUUGGGAAUAGUCAAAUCGAAAUAACCCGACAUGUUGUAUUUAUUUGACCGUUUCUCCCCUGUGGGCAGGCUGUGGCCUUCAAGAAACCCGUCUACGCGGAUGUUCUCCAGGCCUUCGCUCCCCAUCUCCGGUCGGCCGCCACAGAGCGUUGA